AUGCAUGAUGCUUUCAAAGUAUCAGUUGCACUGGACAACUUAUCCAGGAUUGACACUAUAUUCGCUCAUGGCAACAAACUGCUCGUAGGAUCAGCAGGUUCUUUAAUGGUAUAUCAGGUGGAAGACCCAACAGGAGACGAUCCGUUGGAAGUUACCCUAAUCGAGACACACAAGACUUUCUCAAAGCGUUCCAUUGAUCAAUUAGAUAUCAUUAAAGAAAGCAAUGUCUUGGUCGCGCUUGCAGACGGAAGCAUCAGCUUAUUUGAUCUACAAACUUUCGAAUUGCAAGAGCAACUGUCAAAAACCCGAGGAGCUAACAUUUUUGCGGUUGACACACAAAUCGUGGAAGAAGGCGUCCCUGUAAUUGUGACGCGUCUGGCUGUGGGAGUAAGAAGAAAAUUAGUAGUUUUCACCUGGUGGGACGCAGAUCUCAAUGAUACAAAAGAGAUAUCAAUACCAGACAAAGUGCGCACGAUGGUAUGGGUAGGCCUUAACAAACUUUGUCUAGGAUUCCCCAGCGAAUACGCAUUACUGGACAUCAAAUCUGAAGUGCUGCAUGAAUUGUUCGCUACAACCAGUUCGCCGACUGCUGGUGCAUUUACGUCUUACGGCAUUAUGGGCAUGUCCAUUGCAGGUCGAGUCAGUAAGCCGUUGAUUACUAAGCUGCCAAAUGACGAGAUUCUUUUGGCGAAAGACAAUGUCAGCAUAUUUGUCGGCACUGACGGAAAGCCAACUCGUGAAACAGGAAUAGAUUGGUCAGGAGCUCCGGAAGAAAUAGGGUAUUCGUAUCCAUACUUAAUUGCAAUACUCCCGAAGCAUGUGGAGGUUCGGAACAUCCUCACUCAGACAUUGGUGCAGACCAUUGAGCUGCUUCAGGCUCGAUUCAUUAAUGCUGGAAAAUACUUGUAUAUUGCUAGCCAUAGCACUGUGUGGCGUUUUAUUCCAUACAACUUUGAGAAGCAGGCAAGGAAUGAACCUAUUGAUCAAUUAGUUAAGCAGAUGGAAUAUGUUGAAGCCAUCAGUUUGACUACACAAAUUGACACGAUAUAUUUACAGGACAAGGAGGCUAAACUGAAGUACAUAAGAAACCUUCAUGGUCACCAUCUUUUCCAACAGCACAAGUUUGAAGAAGCAAUGUCUAUAUUUAUAGAUCUUGAGGCAGAUCCUAAAGAGAUUGUUGCAUUAUAUCCUCCGGCCAUUUCUGCGUCUCUUCGUUCUGAUAGUAGUUAUAACAAGGAAUUACACCUAAACGGCUCUGCGAAUAAAUUAAUGAAAGACUCAGAAGAGCAUGCGGAAGCUGAGAAACAUGGUGAAGAGAUAGAAGUGGUGUCUGAUUCGAAGGCAAUCAUACAGAACGACAGCCAAUUGAAGGGCAAAGAUUUGGAAGAGGCAAUAAAGCAACUUAUACGUUUCCUGACCGACCGACGCGCAAAAGUGCACAAACUACUUCUACAGCGUCAAUCAUCAAAAGCCCCUAUCAAGGAAAACGAGGAUCGUUUAACAGAACUCGCUGAAUUCGUGGAGACAUCUUUAUUAAAGGCAUACAUGAUUUCUAACGAUUCCCUCGUGGGAUCGUUAGUUCGCGUCAAGAAUUUUUGCAAUGUAGAAGAGACGGAAAAAUUGUUGUCUGAACGUAAAAAAUAUCGCGAGUUGGUAGAAUUUUACCACGAAAAAGGUCUUUAUCGCAAAUCCUUGGGAUUGUUAAAAAAGCUUGGCGAAUCUACUGAAGGACCAAUGAAUGGCACAUUUCAGACAAUACAAUAUCUUCAAAAACUUGGUUCCGACCAUUUUGAUUUAAUUUUGGAGUUUGCCACAUGGGUAUUAAAAGCCGACCCAGUUGAUGGCAUGGAGAUAUUUAUCGGUGAUCACCCUAAAGUUGAGACAUUGCCGCGAAGCCAAGUAUUAGAUUAUUUGGAAAAGUUUUCGCCAGAUUUAUGUAUCACAUAUCUUGAUCAUAUUAUUCAUGUACUUGGUGACAAAAGUCCAGAUCAUCAUAAUCGGCUGAUAUAUGCAUAUUUGAACAAGUUGAAAGAUUUGAAACAAGAGGGUGCGGAACCCGUAAUCGUUGAGGAGGCGAAUAAGAAUUUCUUACAGUUUCUGGAAGAAUCUUCGUAUUAUAUAGCGGAAAAAAUUCUAGGACAUUUACCCAUGGAUGAUUACUAUGAGGCGAGGGCGAUACUUUUGAGUAGACUUGGUCAACAUGAUCAAGCAUUAAAUAUUUAUGUGCACAAGUUGAAAGAUGAACAACUAGCUGAAGAAUAUUGUCUGAAGAUCUAUAAUGAGGCUAAUGAGAAGGCUAAGAAUGUUUUCUUGUCUUUGUUGCGUGUCUAUCUGCGACCGAAAGCCGGGGAACCAGUGAUGAUAGAGCCAGCAAUACGCUUGCUUUCUCGACAUGGAGCUCAUGUCGACGCAUCCAAGGCUUUGGACAUGUUGCCAUCUUCGAUAGAAGUUGCUCAACUCUAUAAGUUUGUCGAGAAAUAUAUAAGGGAGAGCAAUCGCAAUCGCUGCAUUAAUAUUAUUGUGAAAAACCUAUUGAAGGCCGAUCAAUAUCAGGUACAAGAACAAUUAUUGUUCUACCGAUCGCGCCGAGUAAAAAUUGAUGAUGAUCGCAUGUGUCCUCAGUGUACCAGACGAAUUGCACAAAGUGUGUUUGCCGUUUUUCCGAAUGGAGUGGUGGUUCAUUAUCAUUGUAAAGACAAGUAUUCGCAGUCUCACGACACUGCAGCAUAA